AUGAGUAAGGUAUUUGCUAAGGUUACUUGGGUUGCCAAACUGCUAUUUGAUUUUGGUCUGCUUGCUCCUUGCUCUAUGCCUUUGUUCUGUGAUAAUCAGGUUGCUUUACAUAUUGCUCGCAUUGCUGUCUUUCAUGAGCGGCGCAAGAACAUUGAGUUGGAUUGGCAUUUUGUUUGGACAAAACUCAAUGAAGGUCUUAUUCAUCUGCUUCAUACUCCGACCUCUUCCCAACUUGCGGAUGUGUUCACCAAGGUCUUAUCUGGUGUUGGACAUCACCUUAUCUUGCGCAAGUUGGGGGUUUUGUCACCCUCCAACUUGAGGGAAGUUGUUGGAAAUAGUAGUUCAAUUGAACACUUUAUUGAUGAACCUACUUACUAG